AGUGCUAAAGCAACCAAAGAAGUCUCAACUCUUCGCUAGCUCUAUGUUUCACCAAGACCGUUUUCCAUCUUAGCCUACAUGUAUUUGAAAGGACGCUAUGCCAUUUCUUCAUAACUGGAUUGGGGACGACAUAUUUCUCUUUAAGUAGUUCCCGGCCAAGCUUCACGGUGUAUUACAUAAAUGGGAUGGCGCCUUUCAGGUGGAGCCACUGGAACUUACAAGGGUCCCAGAGGAGGUUAGCAAUUUUCCCAUAGAAAAGGAGUAUGGACUUCCAUUUCUUGCAUCCCUUGUACACUGUAAACCCUUUUUGUGUAGCUGUGAUGCUCUAAGUUUUGAAAACCUAGGCCCAAUAAGAGACAGAGUACUUAGUACUUCUUCAUUCACUUUGGGUGGGACAUAUUGCAAAUCUUUUAUUAAGAGCUUCUAUGAUGAACUAGCCCAAGUCCAUGCGUUUGAUCUUUUAUUUUCUUAGAACUGUGAAAGAUAUGUUAACAAAAUCAAGAUUCUUCACAUCACAAGAAGUUGCAUUUCAGUGUAGCCUUAAAGCAGAGGAAGCCGGAGCAUGGACUACUGCGGUACUCAGCCAUACAAGCCACUAGAGAUUGUUUCUUGAGCAAGAGUUCUCCCCAGCAGGAGGUGGUGAAUGGCUGGAAUGUUUCUAGUCAGACAAGGAUGCCCUCCCGGUUGUCGUAUGGCAGGCUCCGGAAGGUGGCAGUACGUCUGCGAAGCUCCGCCUUACGAGAUGUACCUUCACCCAACCACACCCAGAUAAUAUGUGCCCCCAUCCUCACGGUUGCUGCAAAAGGAAUUACAACAAGGUCCCAAGGACUAUUGCGGUGAACGCGUGGAGAUGGCAAGUUGACCACUUAUUAUCCUUUUGUUGCCCAGUCUAUCCAAGGCGCUCUGAGGAUUCCAUUUUACACUGUUUUUGGGAAUGUAACUCUGCCCAACAUGCUUGGCAAUGGAGCGUCCAUAUUAUUUAUCUCUGGAUUUUGUCUUCCAACCCCCGUAGCUGGAAUGGUCAGGUCGAAUGGUCAACAAUCUGCAACCCUGAACAAAAUCCAGAUGCAGGGGUGCACGCAGACCAUGGCAACCCCUCUCCUAGCGGCAAGGGCUCGUAUCAGAGAGAAUUCUCCGUAAAUUUGCCCAAUUCAGCCUCCUCUGGUCACAACUCAGAACAGACAUUUUAUGGACGCUGUGGAAGGAGCGUGAUGAUGCAGUCUUUAACAACAUCCAGUGGUACUCGACUAAACUGUUACAGACUGUGUGGCUUCGGAUCCUUGACUAUGGUCAGGUCGAAUGGUCAACAAUCUGCAAACACAGUAAAUCUAGAAUAGCAACCAGUGCGAAACUUGCAAGUCUUUCUGAAAAGAGGUGGUGUUGCCAUGGGAUUUUCACAUCCAUGCUGGGGGUAAUCCCCAGUGGAUAUUGUCUGAGCCCCAAUGGUGGGUUUGUCUUCCAACCCCCGUAGCUGAGCGACAGAGUCGGGCCGAUGGAUCCUGACUGGAGUAAAUAAACGUAUCGGGCCACCCCAGGCAAACUCGUUUGUGUGUACGAUGAUAGCUUAACCAUAGUACGUAGUGUCUGUUGUGUCAGUCAUCCCCGCCCAGGCCGCAUGCGGCUGGGUCUGUUGUAAUUUAUGUUUCCUAUGGCAAUGAAGAUUUCCUUUGUUUGUUUCAAUAAACAAAUAAAUAAAUAAAAAAUAAUGAUGAAGCCUCAAAUGUCUCACUCUCUUGAGAAUAAAAUCAGUCGUGGGCGCCGUUUCAACACAAAUCCCAGACUGUAAAUGAUGAUGGACUUGGUGCGAGUACACCUUCAAGAGUCAACAUCGAACGCACAUCCUGAUUGCACCCAGCGUGCCGGAGUGGUUUUCGCACUGAGCUAAGGAAGUGUUGUGGGUGAUCUCCGGAGGGUUUCCUCGAUGCCAACGUUUUUCUCAUUCUUCCUGUCGAUCAGCGAGUUUAAGAGAUAGGACGCAACACAUUGAUUUCAAAGCUUGCGUAUUGGAGAUUGAUGGGAGAUUCCAGAACUGAUAUUCGCCCAGCUAAUUUUAAAGAGUGGUUUUUGUUGUCUUGAUUUUGGUGCCGUCCAUCAGCAUUGACAAGCUCAUUCUGCCCUUAAUGUUGUGUCAGUAAUGUUAAGAACACGGUUUCAGCCAUCUGGUGAAGCGAUAUUCUAACGUGGGUGAUGAGUGUGUUGUGAUCAUACGUUUUUCUUAGUGAAAAAGAAAUUUGAGUUGAUGAUAAAUCAAUGGCUUCACAUGGUCGAAAUUGAAUCGGUUUUUAUAGAAGUGGUAACCUUUUUCCUUCUAGCUUGUUGGUGGAGUUGUGGCUGUGUUUGUUGUCCAUUGUAAGGAAUGCUGUAGCACUGCUGCUGCCGAGGAGCAAAAUUCAACGGUAAGUCAAACCUUUUGAAGGUGAGAAUUUAAUUUUUUGUUCAAUUCGUGUCUUGCACUUUUAACUACGGAAGAGGUACAGGGUACAGGGCACAAGUGAAAGUUCUCCAAACCUUUUGAGCAGCUUGUUGGGGUAGGUUGACGGAAUUUGUAGGAAUAGCAUACAUUGCCAGUUGUAGGUUUAGAAAACUUGCGUCUCGACAGCUUUUUCUCGCCAUGUACGACUGCUGUUGGCAGAAAAAAAUUAGGUCAAUGAGGAAUCUGUCUGUUCCUCAUCACUAUGACUAUUCGUUUAACAUGAUUUGUAAGAGUAGGGAAGCAUGGUUCAAUGUGUUCCAGCUCUCCUGAUGUUUUGUGACGCAAUAGAUAAUACUACAAUUCGUGUGGUA